AUGUUCAGCUUGGGCGUAUUCGGUACUAUCACAUCCUGCAUUCAGGUGUACUAUGCUACAGUACUUCAUCGAAUAGUGAGUCUGACAUGGGAUUAUGUUCAGAUUCUCGUCAGGGCAGACCUCGAGGCGAUAGUUGCUCUUAUAAUGGCCUGCAGUCCCUCGAUUGGUGUCCUCUUAAGAAUUGCGUCUGAAAAUUAG